AUGGGGAAGAGAGGGUUCGUCGACAAGCACAACGCCUCCGGGGCGGAGAAGCAGCAGAAGCAGGUUGACAUCAUCGAGAAGCUCGGCGGCUACGAUAACCUCGUCAGCCAGGGCGCGGAGGGGCGCGUGUUCGCGGUCAAGUUCUGCGGCCGAGACACCAUCGUCAAGCAGAGGUUCAAGAAAACCUACCGGCAUCCCACCCUUGACACCAAGCUCACGCGCUCGAGGCUGGGCAUGGAGGCGCGAUCCAUGAUGCGCGCCAGAAAACUCGGCGUUGCGACGCCCACGCUGUACUACGUCGAUCAGCAGCAGAGUGCCAUAUACAUGGAGAAGGUGCCCGGCAAGUCUCUCAAGGAGCUCAUCCGCGAGGAUUCCAUGUCCGAGAAGGACAUGGAGGACAUAGGCGCUCAGGUGGGGAAGGCCGUCGCUAAGAUGCACGACGGCGGCUUGAUCCACGGCGAUCUCACGACGAGCAACAUCCUCGUUCGGGACGACGACGAGCGCACGGUGGUGAUCAUUGACUUCGGCCUCGCGAGCAACUCCAUCAUCGCGGAGGACAAGGGCGUGGACCUAUACGUCCUGGAGAGGGCCAUCACGGUGACGCACUCCAGCCAGGCGCUGUUCGAGCACGUGAUGACGGCGUACAGACGGGCCAGCAGCCAGUGGAGCUCGAGCUUCAACAAGUUCGCGGAGGUGCGGAUGAGGGGACGAAAGCGGUCCAUGAUCGGGUGA